UGGCUCAGUCCCGUUCUUAGGUUCGGAGUCCAAGAUUCUAGGAUCCUGAGGGGACUUGAGAGAGUUGGGUAGAGCUGCCAGCGUUGUUAUAGCUCUUCCACUGAGAAGCGUUCGCAAAUUGAUAUCUAGCCGAGACAUAACCAGCACGAGGCCCAAGACAAUUUAACAUGUCACUAUGAGUAGCGCGACUCCUGACUCGGGUGCCGAAAAGGCUGGUAGGAUUAUGGAAGUUGCGCAGAACGACAUCGAGCAGUUGGGUCGCCAGAGCGAAGAACAACAGCACAAUGACAACGUCGCCGAGGGAGAGUCUGUUCCAGAUGACGAGGCUGUCAAUGCAAUUCUUACGGGUAAAACACUUGUGGAAUGCGGCUGCAUCCCGCCAACAAAGGACCAUCUGGAUAAUCUGAAGACGUGGAGGGAUGAUAUGAACAACGCUUUGAGGAAAUUGCCGGCGGUUGACGUACAGUACAAAAAUGUCGUGGUCCUCAUGGCGUAUUGGGAAGUGAGCGAUGUUAGCCACUUGAGGAAACAUGCCGACGAACUAGGAGCUGUUUUCAAGGAUUACAACUACAAGGUGGAGACCCAUAUUCUCGACAACCACCCCGAUUCCAAAAAGGCGAAUGUCGACAUCUAUAACGAAUUCAAGGACAAACUGGACGAGGCGAUCCGGAUAGUCAGCAAACAGGAUGAAUCAAACCUCCUCAUUUUGUACUAUGUCGGACACGGCGGUACUCUGGAUGGCAAGAAACCCGGAGAUACAGCGGCGCCGUACGUGUGGCAGCCGACGCAAUCGAGCCCGACUCAUCGUUUGCAAUUCCGACAGUGUCAACCGAUAUUGAUGAACAUGCGCGCCGACGUUCUCUUCAUCUUCGACUGCUGUUACGCCCUCGCCAUGAUUCAGGAAGGCGAAUACGAAAUCUGGAACCAAAGGUCUGAAAUCCUCGGCGCCUCUAGCGCUCUAGAAGAGGCGUCAGCUAUGAGGAAGAGUUCAUUCACGGCCGCCCUGGCCGAGGAACUCAGGAAACGGGCCAGGCAGAGCGGCCAAGGUGCCAAUUGGUACUAUACUCUUCUCACUUCUACGGAGAAGACACGUCACUACAAACUCGUCCAAGCACCUCUCUGGCGCCGGUAUUCCGGACCCUCAUUUCGAACCGGCAUUUUCCUCCAAGACAUGAAUUGGAAGUCUUCUCCGCAGACCGGCGCUACUGCAGCAGGUGCGGACACCGACUCCGGCCUUGGCUCGUCUACUGCAUCGAUCACAUCACAGGCGAGACUGUGGCAGGACACCAUCAACAACCUGACGGAUCUGUCCGAUGUCCGAGUUCUAAUCAAAAUACGUUUGCGAAAUCCUGCCGAGCAGCUCCUAGAUGCGGACUGGAUGGAUAUGUUCGAACACAGGCCAUCGAACAUUGCCAGCAUCGAGGUGAACGUUGCGAGCAAGGUGGUCUGCCACGGAAUAUUCGAGAGCGACUCCAGCAUCCUGCUGGUGACUGUCCCCAUUUGGCUCUGGCAAACGGUCCAGCACAACACUUCAUAUGAGAAUCUAGGUGUCGUACACUCUGACAAUCUUCUAGCUCCUGGCCGCGCUGCAGGGGCGUUAGAAGUCGCCACCGCUUUCUCCCCGCUCGUGAGAGCGAAGCAAAAGCAGACGACACUGGAUGAACGCAGACCCUCAGUGGCAGUACCGACUCGGGCGAUAGGUAUUACUCCAGCUGACCAAGCACUUUCGAAGCGUGGAUUCCAAGUUGAGCCUGCAGGAAUGAACCCCAUGGCUAUUGAAAGAGGGCGUUCUGAGGGGGACCAAAUCAAUCGAACAGAGAGGAGGCUUGAGCGACGAGAGCUAGAGCUCAUGCGAAGGGAGCUAGACGUGAGUAAUAGGGAAUGGAAAAUUCUCGAGGGAACAGUGCUCGAGAGGAAGGUGGAAGCCGUCAAGGGAGAUUUGUUGAAGCAGCGAGUAGAGGUGGAUGCCGGAGGUGAGAAACUAAAAGAGCUGAAGAAUGAAGUGAACGUCACUGCGACUGGGAUGAAAGAGCUGGAGGGAGAGGUAAAGGCUGCUCAACAGAAAGUCAUGCAGCAGCAGAUGGACAUGGGUCUCGCGGAAGCAAAGCUCAAGGAGCUCAAGAACGAGAUAAAUUCUGUCAAGUAUGAAAUUACGCGGCAGCAGUAUUAUGCUGAGUUAAAGCUCGCAGAAUUUCAGCAUGAGGCAGACGUUAUAGAAGAGAGAGUUCGGUAUCAACAACACAAAGUGAAUCUCGCACGGAUGGUGCUUAGGAACGAUGCGGCAGUCGCGGAAGUCCAGGUCAAAGAGCUUGAUCACGGAGUUGAUGUCGCUAAGGAUAAACUCAAGCAACAUCAAGUCGGGUUGAACCUCGCAGAAGACAAAAUUAGGGAGCUCGAAGAGAGGGAGAAACUUGCAGAAGAGAGGAAACGCAGACACGAAGAGUCUGUCCGGCUGAUAGAACGCAGGCUGGUGGAACGCGAGCGAGCUGUGGCGAAAAGAGAGCUGCUGCUACGACAGACUAAUGGCAGGAACUCCAAAAGCAUGGCCGUGCUUUCGGACACAUUGACUGCAGUCAAUGACCUGGUGUCUUCCGACCCUUGGCUGGGGCGAGGCUGGGGGAAAUUGGUGAAGAAUAUGCCAAAUUCCCGCUUUCAAGAUAUGGUGGCAAAGAAGACUGACAUGGUGGGCAAUCGUGAAGUCCGCAGAAUUCUGGCAGGAAAAGGUAUGUGAAGAUAAGAUCAGGGGUCUCAGCGGGUCUUGAGUUGAGAUGUAUUGUAG